UGAGAUCGUCGGCUUCCAGGCUCUCCAGCUUCUCCUCAAGGGAUUCAUUAUGGACCCGGAUCAUGCCGGACCAGAUCACUGUGUCGGAGUUUAUUUCUGAGACCACAGAGGAUUACAACUCUCCAACGACGUCCAGCUUUACUACCCGGCUGCAGAACUGCAGGAAUACAGUCACGUUGCUAGAAGAGGCAUUAGAUCAGGACAGAACAGCACUACAGAAAGUGAAAAAAUCUGUAAAAGCGAUAUAUAAUUCUGGGCAAGAGCAUGUUCAGAAUGAAGAGAACUAUGCACAAGUACUAGAUAAAUUUGGAAGUAAUUUCUUAAGUAGGGAUAAUCCAGAUCUGGGAACAGCUUUUGUAAAAUUUUCCACUCUAACUAAAGAAUUGUCGACGCUGCUGAAAAAUCUGCUCCAAGGUUUGAGCCACAAUGUCAUCUUCACGUUAGAUUCCCUUUUAAAGGGAGAUUUGAAAGGAGUGAAAGGGGAUCUUAAAAAGCCUUUUGACAAAGCCUGGAAGGAUUAUGAGACCAAAUUUACGAAAAUUGAAAAGGAAAAAAGAGAACAUGCAAAACAGCAUGGGAUGAUUCGAACAGAGAUUACGGGGGCAGAGAUUGCAGAAGAAAUGGAAAAAGAAAGGCGACUAUUUCAGCUCCAGAUGUGUGAAUAUCUCAUUAAGGUUAAUGAAAUUAAAACAAAAAAAGGGGUGGACCUUCUACAGAACCUUAUUAAGUAUUAUCAUGCACAGUGCAAUUUCUUCCAAGAUGGCUUGAAAACAGCUGAUAAACUAAAACAGUAUAUUGAAAAACUGGCUGCUGAUUUAUACAAUAUAAAGCAGACACAAGAUGAAGAAAAGAAACAGCUCACUGCACUCAGAGACUUGAUAAAAUCCUCACUACAGCUUGAUCAGAAGGAGGAUUCCCAGAGCAGGCAAGGAGGCUAUAGCAUGCACCAGCUUCAGGGCAAUAAGGAAUAUGGCAGUGAGAAGAAGGGUUACCUUUUAAAGAAGAGUGAUGGGCUAAGGAAAGUUUGGCAAAGAAGAAAAUGCACUGUCAAAAAUGGUAUUCUGACAAUAUCACAUGCAACCCCCCCGGAUGUACUGGAGAAAAAAAGAUUUGUUAAAAUACCUCAGUCAAACAGGCAGCCUGCUAAACUGAACCUACUAACUUGCCAGGUGAAGCCAAACACCGAAGACAAGAAAUCAUUUGACCUGAUAUCACAUAACAGGACGUACCACUUUCAAGCAGAGGAUGAGCAAGACUACAUAGCGUGGAUCUCUGUAUUGACCAACAGCAAAGAAGAAGCUUUAAAUAUGGCAUUCCGUGGAGAACGAAGCGCUGGCGAAAACAGUUUAGAGGAUCUUACAAAAGCCAUUAUUGAUGACAUUCAGAGAUUACCUGGAAACGAUGUCUGCUGUGAUUGUGGAUCAUCAGAUCCAACAUGGCUUUCAACUAACCUGGGCAUUUUAACCUGUAUAGAGUGUUCUGGAAUACACAGAGAAAUGGGUGUUCAUAUUUCUCGAAUCCAGUCUUUAGAGCUAGACAAAUUAGGAACGUCUGAACUCUUGCUGGCCAAGAAUAUAGGAAACAAUAGUUUUAAUGAAAUUAUGGAGGGGAAUUUACCAAGUCCUUCUCCAAAACCCACGCCAUCAAGUGAUAUGACUGCACGUAAAGAAUUUAUUACCGCUAAGUAUGUAGAUCAUAAGUUCUCCAGAAAGACUUGUGCAUCUGCAGCAGCUAAACUGAACGAACUACUUGAGGCAAUUAAAUCCAGGGAUUUACUUGCACUAAUACAAGUCUAUGCAGAAGGGGUUGAGCUAAUGGAACCACUGCUAGAGCCUGGACAGGAGCCAGGUGAAACUGCCCUUCAUGUAGCAGUCCGGUCAGCUGACCAGACCUCACUCCAUCUGGUUGACUUUCUUGUACAAAACUGUGGUAACCUGGAUAAACAGACAGCUUUGGGAAAUACAGUCCUGCACUAUUGCAGUAUAUAUAAUAAGCCUGAAUGUUUGAAACUGCUUUUGAAGGGCAAGCCAACUAUUGAUAUAGUAAACCAAACUGGGGAUACACCUCUGGAUGUGGCAAAGCGAUUGAAAGCUACUCAGUGUGAAGACUUGCUUUCUCAGGCCAAAGCCGGAAAGCUAAACCCACAUGUACAUGUAGAGUAUGAGUGGAAUCUUCGGCAGGAAGAAAUUGAUGAAAGUGAUGAUGACUUGGAUGACAAGCCCAGUCCAAUAAAGAAAGAACGCUCUCCAAGGCCCCAGAGCUUUUGCCAUUCUUCUGGUAUUUCUCCCCAAGACAAAAUGCCUCUUCCUGGUCUCAGCACUCCAAGAGACAAACAAAGACUCUCCUAUGGAGCUUUUCCCAAUCAGAUUUUUGCCUCUGCAAGCAUGGACUCGGCAAUUUCCCCCACAGCAGCAGAUGGCCCUCCACUUCCUCCCAGAAAUGCUGGCAAAGGUCCGUCUGGCCCACCUUCAACCCUCCCUUUAGGCACUCAAACCUCUAGCGGCAGCUCCACCCUGUCUAAGAAGAGGCCCCCUCCCCCACCCCCUGGACACAAAAGAACCCUCUCUGACCCUCCAAGCCCACUACCUCACGGACCCCAGAAUAAGGGCCAAAUUCCUUGGGGUAAUGAUUUGGGUCCACCAGCAACUAAAGCUGCAAACAAGUUUGAGGGCAUGUCUCAGCAGUCGGGCACCAGUACUGCUAAGACUGCGCUGGGCCCAAGAGUUCUUCCUAAACUACCUCAAAAAGUGGCACUAAGGAAAAUAGAAACCAUUCACCUUCCUUCAAUCGACAAGUCCACUCAUUUGGAAAUCUUCCAGAAGUCCGCAUCGCUUUCUAUGGAUCUGCCACAGAAACCCCAACCUGGAGAUUUGCCCCCGAAGCCACAGCCUCUGGAGCUCCCCCAGAAACCUCAGAUCGGAGAUCUGCCCCCCAAACCAGGAGAACUACCCCCGAAACCUCAGCUAGGAGAUCUGCCGCCAAAACCACAAUUAGCAGACUUACCUCCGAAGCCACAAGUGAAGGACCUUCCUCCAAAGCCCCAGCUGGGAGAUGCUUUGGCUAAGACUCAAGGUGGAGAUGCAUCGCCAAAGCCUCACCCCUUGGAGGUAAAUCAAAAAUCUCAUUCUGUGGAUCUUUCUCCAAAGGUACACUCUAGAGAGGCCAUCCAAAAGCAAGCAUCAGAAGACUCCAAUGACGUAGCGCAUGCAUUGCCAGAGACCCCUGUGCCGCUCCCUAGAAAGAUAAACACGGGGAAGAACAAAGUUAGGAGAGUGAAGACAAUCUAUGAUUGCCAAGCAGACAAUGAUGACGAACUGACCUUUGUUGAAGGAGAAAUUAUAAUUGUAACUGGUGAAGAGGACCAAGAGUGGUGGAUUGGCCACAUUGAAGGGCAGCCGGAGAGAAAAGGGGUCUUCCCGGUAUCCUUUGUCCACAUUUUGUCCGAUUAAGUCGAACUGGAAACUUGAGUGUUUGCACCUCCUUCCUGUAAGACGGGCUUUUUAGCAUGAAGCAAACAGCUGCUGCCUC